AAUUAUUCAACGAAUAUCAAAGUAACAGUCGUUACGUCGUGUUACUUAGAAGUUUGAACUAUAUAGAAGCAUAUUAUAGUGUUAACGAUUUAUACCAGUUGUUUUAAUUGAAUAAGUCUUACAGCACAUAAUAAUUAUGUUUAAGGGUCUUGUUGGGCUAGUAACUGGAGGAGGAUCGGGUUUAGGGCGAGCAACAGCCGAACAAUUAUUGAAGCAAGGCGGGUCUGUCAUCAUAUGUGAUCUUCCCAAUAGCAAAGGCCAAGAAACUGCAAAGCAGUUAGGCCAAAAUGUAGCUUUUGUACCCGGUGAUGUGACAUCAGAACAGGACAUAAAAGCUGCCCUACAAGCUACAGUAGAUAAGUUUGGUCGACUGGAUGUUGCCGUCAACUGUGCCGGGAUAGCUACAGCAACAAGAACUUAUAAUUUUAAGAAAGAUCAACCUUUUGACUUAAAUAUAUUUAAAAAAACUGUCGAGAUUAACUUAAUAGGAACAUUUAAUGUUAUUCGACUGGCUGCUGGUCUUAUUGGAAAGAAUGCACCUGAUGCUGACGGGCAAAGAGGAGUUAUUAUCAAUACUGCCAGUAUAGCUGCAUACGAUGGACAGAUAGGACAAGCUGCAUACUCGGCGUCAAAAGCUGGUGUUGUUGGAAUGACAUUACCUAUAGCAAGAGACCUUAGCAAACAAGGGAUAAGAGUUGUUACCAUAGCUCCGGGUUUAUUCCGGACUCCAUUGUUAGAAUCACUACCGGAGGCUGGUCUUCGCGCACUAGAAGCAACUGUGCCAUUCCCAUCUCGUCUCGGCCGUCCAGAGGAGUUUGCUUUACUAGUUCAGACCAUUAUACAAAACCCUAUGCUGAAUGGUGAAACUAUACGAAUUGACGGUUCAUUGAGAAUGCAACCUUGAAUUUUUGCCGAAUAAUGUUUAAUACAAAUUAUAUGCAUUUUGUUAUAAAUAAAUGAUUUUUAAUAAUA